AGCGAGUCAAACCAUCUGCAACACGGGGACGAUGAUUGCCUUUCUCCUUCUCUAGACUGUCGCGAAAUCGCAACUGUAAUUUCAUCGAAAUUGGCGCUAGGCUGUAGUGGCCAAUCUAGACGACCCGCUACUUUUCCUGAUUCUCCUGCGUGCAUAUAUAUAUAUAUAUAACUCUAGGCAAUUUCUGGAUUCGGGGCAACGGAAGGCAAAAUGAAGCAGGCUGGAGUAACCAUGGACGUCGGCAGCGAUGGUGUUGCAGUAGUCACCAUCAAGAACCCUCCUGUCAACGCUCUUGCCCUUACCAUCUUUGAUGGACUGAAGGAGAAGUUUUCUGAGGCUAUGAGAAGAGAUGACGUGAAAGCGCUUGUACUUACAGGUCAUGGCGGAAAAUUUUCUGGAGGGUUUGACAUUAAUGUGUUUGAGAUGGUACAUAAAACAGGAGAUAGCUCAAUCUUACCUGAUGUAUCUGUUGACCUCUUAGUAAACAUAAUAGAAGAUGCAAAGAAGCCCACUGUUGCUGCAAUAGGAGGACUUGCACUCGGAGGUGGCUUGGAAAUGGCUUUGGUAUGCCAUGCACGCAUUGCUGCACCUAAAGUACAACUUGGUCUGCCUGAACUCACUCUUGGAGUUAUUCCUGGCUCAGGAGGUACACAGCGUCUCCCGCGACUUAUAGGGCUGCCGAAAGCUAUUGAAGUUAUACUUUUUUCUAAACCAAUGACAUCUGAAGAAGGAAAGAAGUUUGGCCUCAUUGAUGAAGUUGUGCCACCAGAAGAAUUGCUGAAAACAGCCCGAAAAUGGGCUUUAGACAUUGCAGAGAAACGAAAACCAUGGAUACGUGCUCUUCAUAGGGUAGACAAACUUGGUUCGCUGCCAGAAGCCCACGAAAUCAUACAAGCAGCGAGGCAACAGGUCAAAAAGAUUUCCAAAAAUAUGCCUCAGCAUCAAGCUUGUCUUGAUGUGAUUGAAGAAGGAAUUCUUCUUGGUGGAUAUCACGGACUUUUAAAGGAAUCAAAGGUAUUUAAAGAGCUAGUAGAGACCAACACAUCCAAAGGUCUGGUGCAUGCCUUUUUUGCGCAAAGGGCUACAUCAAAGGUACCUAAUGUUACUGAUAUAAGGCUUAAGCCAAGACAAAUAAAGAAGGUUGCUGUUAUUGGUGGAGGGUUAAUGGGUUCAGGCAUAGCAACAGCUCUACUUUUGAGUGAUACAUCAGUUAUUCUCAAAGAGAUAAAUAAUGAGUAUCUUCAGAAGGGGUUAAAAUUUAUAGAAGAAAAUAUUCAACGCCUUGUGGUGAGUAAAAAGUUGCCGCAGCAUAAAGCAGAGAAAGCCCUUUCAAAGCUUAAAGGUGUUCUGGACUACUCUGAUUUCAAGGAUGUGGAUAUGGUGAUUGAGGCUGUUAUUGAAGAUAUUGCCCUGAAGCAGAAAAUUUUUUCUGAUAUUGAAAGUGUAUGUCCUCGUCACUGUAUUUUGGCUUCCAACACCUCUACUAUUGACCUCAAUAUAGUAGGAGAAAAGACCAAAUCACAAGACCGGAUUGUGGGUGCUCAUUUUUUCAGCCCUGCCCACGUGAUGCCUCUCUUGGAGAUUGUACGGACUGAGAAGACUGCGGCCCAAGUCAUUCUUGAUCUAAUGAGUGUCGGGAAGGCCAUGAAAAAGGUUCCUGUUGUAGUUGGCAACUGUACUGGUUUUGCCGUCAACAGAACCUUCUUUCCGUACAAUCAAGGCGCUCAGCUUUUGGUUCACUUGGGGGUGGACGUCUUCCGGAUUGAUCGAAUUAUCACUGACUUUGGGCUUCCUCUUGGUCCAUUCCAGCUUCAGGAUGUUGCAGGGUAUGGAGUAGCCGUUGCAACUACUAAAGUAUUUGCUGCUGCAUUUUCUGACCGGACAUUUAGGAGUCCAUUGGUUGAGCUUCUUAUGAAGCAUGGAAGACACGGUAAAAGUAAUGGGAAAGGGUAUUACAUCUAUGAGAAAGGAAGCCCCCCAAGGCCUGAUCCGUCCGUACUUCCAAUAAUUGAGGAAUCUAGGAAACUUACCAAUAUUAUGCCAGACGGAAGGCCUAUUUCUGUUACGGAUCAGGAAAUCCUCGAGAUGAUCCUCUUUCCAGUUGUGAACGAGGCAUGUCGAGUUUUAGAAGAUGGGAUUGUUGUUCGGGCUUCAGAUCUUGAUGCUACCUCAGUUCUUGGCAUGAGUUUCCCAUCAUAUCGUGGUGGUAUUGUUUUCUGGGCAGACACUGUUGGACCAAAUCAUAUAUAUAAAAAUCUCCAGAAAUGGCACGGACAAUACGGCAAUUUCUUCAAACCAUCGCAGUUUUUGGUCGAAAGAGCCACUCGAGGCAUUCCAUUGAGUGCUCCGGUUUCUUCAACAUCCUCGGGGGCAAGGCCGCGGCUGUAAUACAGUUGACUUCAUCAAUCUCUGCUUCGACAAGGUGCGGCGCUCGAAUAACUUCAUUUGCUUGCUAUAAACAAUAGUAACAACAACAAUAAUAAUAAUAGUAAUGAUAAUAAUAAUUCUUGAAAUUACAAGAAGAUAGAAUGUUUGAAUUUGACGAGGCAUAGAACUGUAUGAUGAUAUGGUGUUGUGUUUAUUUUGCUGCUUGAAUGAUCAAUGGUUGUGAGUCACUUUUUGUAGCUUCUUAUUACAUACAUUAUGGAAAAUGUUCUUGUAGCCUUAA